ACCGAUGAUGAUAAAGGGAAGGUUGAAAUGUUCUACGAGUCUUUUCAGUAUGGAAACACAAUCGGUUGUCAUUUUCGCGAGCAAACAGCUUCAAGAAAUCUGUAUGAACUGAAAACCGUGGCUGCGCAGGUUGGUUAGCAAAACCACCGGUUCCGCCAGUUGUAAACAGUUCCGUAUUCAUUACAAAAACGACCAAAUUCUUUUUUUCGCAACGGCAUGCCAUUUUCUGCGCUCGUAUAUUGUCGCCGCCAGUUAACCUCUUCGCUCAGAAAUUAAUGGUGCGUUUCUUGUUCACCAACGGCGUUGUUUCGCCACCCGCGACCACUCCUCCGGUCGCCGCCUUCCUCGAAACCCACCCAGGCGCGUACACGACGUCCCGAACUCACAACGACGCGUCGUUCGUGCUGUUCUGGGAAAAGCACCUGAGGAGGCUGGCGGACUCUGUGACAAUCCUCUACAAUUCGAAUCCUCAACUUCUCUUCGGACCCCACUGCAAAACGACGCCGCCUUCGCUGCCGUCUCUGUCGUCCAACUCCAUCUCGCUCCGAUCGACGAUUCGCGAGCUCGUGAACCGUUCGAUGAAGCAAGUGCUGCCGAUUGCUAUGGAGGAGAGGAGGGAGGGGGAGGAGCUGUCGAUUACGGCGUUGGUCAGUGGCAAUUUGGAGAAAUUGAGAGUUGGGGAUGAGGGUUUUGAUGUGAGUAUCUACAUUGGGAGUUAUGCGCCUGCUGUGUUUGGUAUCAGAGAAAACGGUGCGUUUUUGGCUGUGGUGGGUCGCGGGAGAGAUUUGGCUGCUGCAAAGUACUCGGAUUGGAAAGGGACGGAGCUCUUGUUGUCCAAUGAUGGUGAUCGGAUUCUUGAGGGCACCGUGUCUAACUUGUUCGUUGUCCGCCGGAAGGAUAUCAGUGAAGCUAAAGCCAAAAGUAUGGACUGUUUUGAAGUACAGACAGCUCCUCUUAGUGGUGUCCUUCCAGGAAUUAUUCGGCAAGUGGUCAUUGAAGUCUGCUUGAGCAAGGGAAUUCCCUUGAGAGAAGUUGCACCAUUGUGGUCAGAGAGAGAAUAUUGGGCAGAGGCAUUCAUUACAAGCAGCUUGAGACUUCUGCAGCACGCGAAGACAAUUAGUUUUCCAAGUUCAUGGGAAUCACUGGAUUCUAAUUCUUCGGAGGACAUCACAUGGAUAGACAAGCAUUUUGAGGACGGCCCUGGGAUGAUCACUACAAUAAUCCAGAAAGAGGUCAUGGAAAAGGCAGUUUUAGAAGGGUACUCUGUCAGUUACUUUGUAUAAAAGGUGGACAGAUCUUCUUCUUGCAUAGUACUUGUACGUCUCCACGAGUUUAUCGUCGUGUCCCUCCCUUCAAUGCUGCAACGGGUGAUAACAAAGCUUGAAUUUACGUCGUUUGUCAAGUAAGCUUUCUAUGGUUCUUUUAGUCCAGUUCAAGCAAACCAAGGAAUAUAAUGUAACGGAUCUACUUUGUAUAGAAUGAAAACCCUCCUAGAACAUAGCUAUAUAGUAUCAAGCCUCUAUCACAGAUACAAAUUAGUUUGAUCUCUUUGCGCUCGAUGUAAUUGGCAAUAAGUUUGAAGACAUUCGAUAUGCUUAUAUUUUAGACAUUGUUAUGCAUAUUUGAUAUUACUGCUGGUA